GAUCGGAUAUGACGUACAAUUGUUUGACAACUGGCGACCAAUCGGAGCUGUCUUUACGGCAAGUGACGUCUGAGGAGUUGCUCUCGACCCGACCCAUGAACAAAACAGCCAUGAGCAGCGCGUGGCAUCAGUCUAGGAGGGGCCGAGGACACAGGCAUAAGGAACAGGGUCGAGUGACCAGGGAACGGGUGGAGGAGCAGAGAGCUGAAGACUCAGUGCCUCAUGGCACCUGUAUGACUAUGUGUCCUGCUUAUGAAUUACGCCAGCGGGAAGCACAGAAUCGACUGCACAGGUUUGAGAUGGUGGCCGACACAGAGCGGGAUCGUUUGCCACGUGCAGAUGUCUCACGUGCCGUCAAAGAGUAUUCGAGACCUGCAGCGGGGAAAGACUCCACGAGAGCCAGCGACCUUCGACCUCCAUCUGUGCUUUUAAAGACUGCGUGUCACCUAGUCGAUGACAUUGCAGCUUCCUCUACAUUUCAGCCAUGGGCGGAGGUCUACAGUUUUGUGUUUGACCGUCUGCGUAGUGUUCGGCAGGACAUGAUUAUCCAGCGUGUGUCGGGGCCGGACUGUGUGGCCGUGCUGGAGAAAAGCGUGCGUUUCCUUCUCUACGCGUCCUACAGACUCUGCGGGCAGCAACUUCAGUAUUUUGACCCACGCAUCAAUGACACUCACCUGCAGGAGUGCUUGAGCUGGUUGCUGGAGAGCUACAGAGAUGGGAAGCACCAGCAUCAAGAGGAGUUUCAGGCACUGAGUCUUCUCUAUAACUUGGGUUCAACUGAAGCCAUUCAACAUGUUCUUGAGCUGCCUGAGAGAAUCCGCAGCUCUCCGGCUGUUCGGCUGGCUCUGGCCGUAAGCAGAGCACAUAUGGAGCGCAAUCCAGUUCGGCUCCUCCGUCUAGCCCAGAGACUGGACUUCAUCCAGGUCUGUGCUGUCCACCGACACCUGCUGCCCUGCAGGACAGACCUGCUCCUGCUCUACAGCCACGGACACAGCAGCCGCAACUGCCGCUACCCGCUCCAGAGACUGGCACGCCUCCUCUUUCUGAAAGACACGCUGGCUGCUGAGCUGUGCCAGGUGUACGGAGUAAACGUCACCGGAGAGUGGGUGAACUUCUCUAAGAGCUCCUUCACUGACGCUGUGUCUGGAGAGCUGCAGUGUAGAAGUAUGCAUGAGCCGCUGGAUGACGAGCAGUGGAACUGUUCUGCCGGCAGCGUGAUUCAUGGCUGUGCCUGAAAACAUUUACAUACAUAUCAUUUGUACUGUUUGUUUCUCUACAUUUUAUUUUUUGGGUCAUGUUUGUAUUUUUUUAAUAAUAAAUAUUUCAGAACAACUUCCCACUUCUGAAUUGGUCCAAAAACCUGUGAAUUUUCAAUAAAGCUUUCAUAUUUUAUAUGAACUCAGCAAACUCAGCAGCUUUGUGGUGGCCCGAGUUACAGACCUCUAAACUACAUAUGAUCAGCUCUGCAUGCUGCUGGAUAAGUCCUUUCCAUGUGCAAAUAAAGAGAUGGAGCAAUGGAGUGUAAACGUGGAUGGGAGUUAAUCACUGACCAUUAGAAGUGGGAGGACACUCGCCUGACAAUUGAUUGC